AAUAAAUCCAACAAGCGACCACAUCAGCCUGCACUCCACCGGCUGAGAGACUGCUGGCUCAUCCAUCGUUAGCUUUUGAUAGAACCCCACUCGGUGCAAUCGGUUACUUUAACGACUAUUAUUGUAUUUUGUCGUGUUUUUGUUCUUCCCGUUGACAAUGGCGGAUCCUAAAUACGCAAACUUACCAGGAAUUGCUUUUAACGAACCCGACGUAUACGAGACCGGCGACCUUCCAGAGGAUGACCAGGCUCAGUUUGAAUCGCUUGGUGAGGGCAGCGGUGUGAAGGAAACGCCGCAGCAGAAGUAUCAACGCCUCGUUAAUGAGAUCCAGGAACUCGUUCAGGAGGUGGACACCAUCCAGGCUGCUGCAAAGGACAGCAAUGCAGAGGAGCGCCUCACCCCGGUGGUACUAGCUCAGCAUGCAGCGCAGCUCAAACAGCAGCUGGUAUCUGCCCAUCUGGAUUCGUUGCUGGGACCACAGGCUCACAUCAACCUGGCUGAUCCAGAUGGAGCGCUUGCCAGGCGUCUGCUCACCCAGCUGGAGGCGGUGAAGGGCAGUCGUGGCAGCCCUGCAGGAGAUGGCAAAACCUCUUCCUCAACAAAGGGUCCAGAUGGAGUGGUGCUCUACGAGUUGCACAGCAGACCAGAGCAGGAAAAAUUCAACGAGUCUGCCAAGAUGGCGGAACUGGAGAAGCGUCUAGCUCAGCUGGAGAUCGCUGUUGGCUCAGGAUCAGACAAGCAGGGACCUCUGAAUGCUGGAGUACAAGGAGCCAGUUUGAUGGAUACCAUUGAGCUCCUGCAGGCGAGGGUCAGCGCACUGGACUCUGCUACACUGGAUCAAGUGGAGGCAAGACUGCAGAGUGUCCUUGGGAAGAUGAAUGAGAUUGCUAAGCACAAGGCAGCGAUUGAAGAUGCUGAAACACAGAACAAGGUGUCGCAGCUGUACGACGUGGUGCAGAAGUGGGACGCUGUGUCCACCUCCAUACCUCAGGUGGUGCAGAGGCUUGUUGCUGUGAAGGAGUUGCAUGAGCAGGCGAUGCAGUUUGGCCAGCUGCUGACUCACUUGGACACGACUCAGCAGAUGAUCAACAACUCUCUGAAAGAUAACAACACCCUGCUAACACAGGUCCAGCAGACAAUGAAGGAAAAUCUGGUGGCUAUUGAAGAGAACUUCGCAGCUCUGGAUCAGAGGAUGAAGAAACUUUCCAAAUAAACUGUGGCCGAGUUUGAAAUGGUCCAGGAGAGAGUAGAGCAUGGACAAUAAAUGUUUGGUUAGAGAGCACAGAUCCGCAGUGUUUAGGGUGUAACCUUUUUGGGUUUUGGACGCUCCUCUCUUGCUCUUGACUUCAGCCUCUGCCUUUUUUCACUAAAUGGAAUGUUAGAAAGUUGACAAGAUGAAGAAAACAAAAGGAGACCAAAAGUUCUUCAGACGUCCACGCUCAUUUCCUCUUCCUUGAAUAAAACUGAUGUAAUUUAAAAAUAACCUUAAUUCCAAACAUCCAAGCAACAGCAGACUCCUGUUAAGCUUAUCAAGUUUUAGACUGGACCUUUUGUUUUUUUAUUCAUGUUAAAGGUUCUCCUACUUCUUCUCGGGAGGGGUUACACUAAUAGUGGAUUUGUACUGUAACUUUGGAUAAAUAAAUAAAUGAAUCCCAGUUUGGUUGUAAGAGGAAAAGUCAGCUCUUAAAUGUAUUUAAAAAUUAAAACCAAUUGUCCUUUAUUGUAUCAGAAGCACGAUGGGGAAGGAAAGCUUGUAAAUAUGCCGGUGUACCUUAUUGUUUGUUCACGCUCGGUUGCUUGUAACUAUAUUAUUAUGACCGAGACACAACAGAUCAACUUUUAAUCUGCUUUCUCAUUGCUUAAAACAUUACUGUUCAUCUGUGGUCACCGACGCUGAUCAAUAAAUCAAGAUGUCAUAAAUCUGGCUCCAU